AUGUUUCUUUCUUCUUUUGAGAAACAUGGUCAUACCAAAAUUUUAAUUUUAUUCCAUUCAAUCCCACCAGAUUCUUGGUGGGUCAGGCUCAUAAGACUUGAUUGGCAAGGAACAUCGAUGGAGGGACCUAUUCCUUCUACAAUAUCUCUGUUGACAAACUUACAAGAAUUGAAGAUAAAUGAUUUGACUGGACUUAAAAUGGUAAAAUGGUCAUUCAGUCUAGAAAAGCAUUGCUGGGAAGGAAACUUUGGAGAAGGCAGAUCUUGA